AUGGCCAAGAGUGAAGUCUGGCGAAUCAAUAACAUUGGCAUUAUGUCUGGUGGCGGGUGGGACUUUGUGGACCAUGUCGCUGUAGGAUCUGAAUUUUUGGCCAAGAUCUCCAAGAAAAUAGUUGCCAAGGGCUCAGCCUACUUUCUGAAGCUGUCAUCGCCCCACAAUGGAGCAAAGUCUGUCGUCCUCGCCAUCUGGGAGAAGGACUUGACCACAGGCCGGACCUCUACUGGUCUCUGGGAUGCCGAAUUCGCCAAUCUUCUACAAUACGACUGUAGCGACCGUGUCUCGGCCGUUGCCUUUGGCAUAGAGGUUGAGUUCAACGCCAACGACAAGGGUGCCGGCAGUGUCACCGUCAAUGGCAUCGAACACCCAAUCGCGCUGGCGUUGAUGCCGCGGCAGGCAUCAGCUGUUCAAGGAUCUACAACUCGCGACCUGCCAGGUCUUGAGGGCAAUAGCACGGUCGAGUGCUAUCCCGAUGGUAUUGGCCUCGACCCCUCGCUACUCAUCGGUGUUUCCUGGGAUACCGAGGAAGGACUUGCGGCCGACCUCAUCUCCAAUGUCUUUGACGCCGAUGUCGAAGAGAGCAACCAAGAAGCACAAAUCGACUGUACACAUGGCCGCGUCUGCAGCACUGGUGAAGAGACUUCUUAUUCAGUGACUCAUACUGCCACCUUCAACUUUGCAGGGCUCGGCAGGCUAGAGUGGAUCUCUGGUGGCUACUCCGUGUCCUAUACAUGGGGACAAUCCAAGAUCUACAAUUGUGAGGGUGAACGUGGGGAUAUUAUCUGUCUGAAGCAUCGGCGGUAUUUCCAGGGCUACCGUGCCGAGCUCAUGAGACACGAUUUCUGGGGCAAUCCUUAUGAAAAGAUUAGGGACGUCUGGAUCAGAUCACCAAUUCAGGCAGAAUCCCACAACGGCGAUGGACACUACUGUGUCAUCAACGGUUGCCACGGCGAAGGCAAUACUCACUGGCAACAUGUGGGGCCUGGCCUUCUCAAAGUUGCUUAA